ACAUAUCGUUGGAUUGCAGUAAAACUUGACCGGAAAACAAGCGUCCUAUGAGAAAAAACUAUUUAUUUUUUGGAUAAAACGAUUGUUUAGUGGCGGAGUCCAAGGAAUUUCUAGUGAUAUACUGUGAAAAAACGUUGCUUCGAACAACCGUAGUGGCAUUUGAUUGAAUUAUUUAUUGUUUGGCAGAGAACAACAAUCAAAAUCAAAACGGAUAGAAGCGUGAAAAUGACGCCAGUGGCCGUAGUGGAAUCACCACUGAGGAGAUCUGAUGCAUCACGGCUCUUCCGUACUCCGAGGUCACUUACGGAGGAUGACGUCGUGAAUGACGAUGAAGCGGAACGACGGAUUCGGCGGUCGGCUGCUUCCUUGGAUGAUAGUACCGCGACUAGUGCGUCGACCGUCGAGGACAAUGACAACAUUAAGAUGUGCCUCCAGCUGUAUUCCGACAAUAAACUAAGCAAAGACAACGCGUGGACGGUGACAAUCAUUGACACUUUCGCCAAACUGAUGUCACGCCAUUCGUCGAUGCAGAAUUUCCAGGUUGCUGGUUCGACGCUGGAGGCUUCCACGAAGGUGUAUGGUCUUCGGGUGGAUUCCGUACAUACCGACGUGAUGCGGAUGUGCUCGGAACUAACGCGACAGUCUGCCCGAGCAAUGGAUAACAACCGGGAAGAGGAUGAGGAAGACGACCAUGGGGCCAAUAAGGAGAAUGAUGGUCCAGCGGAAGGUACGGACGGUGCAACUCAGCGACCGCAGGAUUCUAAGCCGAAAAAGAAACGAGCUCGUAAAAACGUUAGCACCGUAACGAAAAACAAGGAAACAAUCAACGCUCCGUUGGACACAAAUCCCUUCACAGACCCAUUCUUUGCCAAACUCAAUUCGGUUGUGGGGGAUGUUAACAGCUCGAGUCGGUUAAUGCAGAAUAUUAUUCCAACGGAAAAAGGUGAGCUACGACUGCGGAUGGAUUAUUCCUUCUGGGAUGAUCGGGAAUCGUUGGGUCUUGAUUUGGAACAGGUGGAAGACUACGCCAGUAUAGACCUGAGCAAAGUCACAAUGUGUAGCGUUUCGAAGGACCAUAAACUGCAUGAAAUGCUGUCGGGUUACGAAAUAACGGACGCACCGGCCGAAGACGAAGACGACGAUAGUGACAAACUGAAAGGCACACAGGACGUGGAAACUCGAGAUGCCGAUAACGAAGGACUUCCAAUGAAUCGUUCCGCGCUGGACGUACAUUUCGAUAUCGAUGCAGAGGUGGAACCGAUCCCAGUGGGAGAUGCGUACAUCAUUGACUAUGCCACGGCCGACGGUGCCGAUAACGAUGACGAGUUCAACGAGGAAGAUCAGAUUGCGUUGCAAAAUUGCCGUGGCUUGAAGCGUAAAACGGUGAUCAUCGAAGACAUGAGACCAAUUGAUUCCUCUUCUGCUAAUCUCGAAUAUUCCUACCGUGCGCUGGACAACAUUUCACAGUUUUGGGCCGGUCCGUCUCAUUGGAAGUUCAAACGGUCGAAAUCGCUCCGCGGUCUUUCGAUGCGCCUGAGCACAUUGAGUGGAUCGCAAAUGUUCGGUAAAGCAAAACCGAAGGAGAAACAGACGCGCAAGAAAAAACGCUUCGAGCUGGAAAGUUUAGACGAUAUUAUUAGUGUGGGGGAAGACUUAUUCCCAGCGUACAGCCAAAGUAAACCAGUGAAAAACAUUACACAUUUGAAAAGUUUGAUUUGUAAAAAGUGGGACUCGAAAAAGCUGAAACUGCCGACGGAUUUCCAUUUGGAGAGAAAUCGGUUUGAUGUAAAUAUUUUCGCGAGGGGGAUAAAAGUAAGAGACUUUGAUGCUGCACCGGAGCCAGAUGUUCCGGUCGAUGACUACGACUACGACAAUCCAGUCGAUCAGAACUACUGCAGCCGAGUGAUGAAUGACGAAACCGAUACAGAAACAGAUCAGGGAGCAGGAUUCGAUGGAGCUACAGGAACUGAACAUCACUCGUUUGGUAGUCAGAAUACUGGCGGAGGAGAAGGUGAUGGAGGUGGAGGAGCACCCCUGAACACCAGUCUCGACUUUAUUCCUACCGAGUUUCAAGGCGCACCAGAUAAGGUGGUAAAAAUUAACAUAGCCUACGCGAAAACAGCAAAAGUGGUCGAUAUGAAACAGCUCAAAAGUCGUUGCUGGGAACUCAUUACGAGGCAAAUCAACAACGACAACGGAAACACUCAGGAUACACCCAGGAGUAGUGGGUCGCUUGGCAACGGAAAAGCUAGGUUUUCGGACAUUUAUCGGGAACUGCCGCACGUUCUCAGCAAGUCGAUGAGUGAAAACAUCUCCAAAUCCCUGGCCUUCUAUUCGGUAUUACAUCUCACGAACGAGCGAUUAUUGCGGCUUGUGCGGCAAGAAGAUUUAGAAGAUUUUCAAAUUUUACCUCCGGUUACGCAAUGAUGAGCUGCAACGAUAACGAAGCGCGACUGGGACAGGAUAGAAGCGUUUUCAAACAAUUCUUGUCGUCCUCGGUAUGCAUAGUGCAAAUUAGGUUAUUCAGAAUCGUCUAGCGCUUUCCUAACAUUUCUACUUUUUAUCGUGUUGGUACUACUAUAAAUUUCGUUACUUCCUUAUGGAUCUUGAAGUUCUCUUUCCCUCCUUGCCAACACGUCGAAGGCAGUGGAAUGCUUUAUAAUAUAGAAUGAAACAUGUACAAACAAUCCUGUUAAUAGAAUUUUCUUAU